AUGGCUAGAACAAAGCAAACGGCAAGAAAGUCCACUGGUGGUAAGGCCCCAAGAAAGCAACUAGCUUCCAAGGCUGCCAGAAAGUCGGCACCAUCUACUGGUGGUGUCAAGAAGCCUCACAGAUACAAGCCUGGUACUGUGGCCUUGAGAGAAAUUAGAAGAUUCCAAAAGUCUACAGAACUUUUGAUCAGAAAAUUACCUUUCCAAAGAUUGGUGCGUGAAAUCGCUCAGGACUUUAAGACCGAUUUGAGAUUCCAAUCUUCUGCCAUCGGUGCUCUACAAGAAUCCGUGGAAGCUUAUUUGGUUUCUUUGUUUGAAGACACAAACUUGGCGGCCAUUCAUGCCAAACGUGUCACCAUUCAAAAGAAGGAUAUCAAAUUGGCCAGAAGAUUGAGAGGUGAGAGAUCUUAA